GGCCGGAGGGGCGCCGAGAUGCCGGUGCGGAGAGGCCACGUGGCCCCCCAGAACACCUACCUGGACACCAUCAUCCGCAAAUUCGAAGGACAGAAUCGCAGGUUCCUCAUUGCCAACGCUCAAAUGGAGAACUGUGCCAUUAUCUACUGCAAUGACGGUUUCUGUGACAUGUUUGGAUACUCCCGGGUUGAAGUGAUGCAGCGCCCCUGCACCUGCGACUUCCUCAUGGGGCCGGACACAACGCACAACUCCAUCGCGCAGCUGGGGCAGGCGCUGCUGGGAUCGGAAGAGUGCAAGCUGGAGAUUCUCUACUACAGGAAAGACACAUCGGGUGUCCGGUGUCUGGUGGAUGUUGUCCCAGUCAAAAAUGAGGAGGGUGUUGUCAUCAUGUUCAUCUUGAACUUUGAGGAUUUGGCAGCCCUCAUUGCCAGAAGCAGCCGACAGAGCCUGCACCACCGUCUGUCCCAAGGAUGGCGAACAGAAGCGUCCCAGAUGAAGGCCAGCCAGAACUCUACAUCAGACUCCGAUCUUAUGAAGUACAGGACUAUCAGCCAGAUCCCACAGUUCACCCUCAACUUUGUAGAGUUCAACCUCGAAAAACAUCGCUCAGGCUCCACCACAGAAAUUGAGAUCAUCGCGCCUCACAAGGUGACGGAGCGCACCCAGAAUGUCACCGAAAAGGUCACUCAGGUCCUGUCUCUAGGUGCUGACGUGCUCCCUGAAUACAAGCUGCAGGCUCCAAGGAUCCACCGAUGGACCAUCCUGCACUACAGUCCCUUCAAGGCAGUCUGGGACUGGCUGAUCUUGCUGCUGGUCAUCUACACGGCUGUCUUUACGCCAUACUCGGCUGCCUUCCUGCUCAAUGAAGAACAGGACGAAAAGCACUUGGACUGCAGUUACUCAUGUGAUCCACUCAACAUCAUUGAUCUCAUUGUGGACAUCAUGUUCAUUGUGGACAUCAUCAUCAACUUCCGCACGACGUACGUCAAUAUCAACGAUGAGGUGGUCAGCCACCCGGCCAAGAUCGCCAUCCACUACUUCAAAGGCUGGUUUCUCAUUGACAUGGUGGCAGCCAUUCCAUUUGACUUGCUCAUCUUCCGCUCUGGCUCAGAUGAGACAACAACUUUGAUAGGGCUGCUGAAGACGGCUCGACUGCUGCGCUUGGUCAGGGUCGCCCGUAAAUUGGACCGCUAUUCUGAAUAUGGGGCUGCAGUGCUCUUCUUGCUCAUGUGCACUUUUGCCCUCAUUGCCCAUUGGUUGGCCUGCAUCUGGUACGCCAUUGGCAACGUGGAACGGCCGUACAUGGAACACAAAAUCGGAUGGCUAGACAACCUGGGGGACCAGAUUGGCAAGCGCUACAAUGACAGUGAUCUCUCCUCUGGUCCAUCCAUCAAGGACAAGUAUGUGACCGCCCUCUACUUCACCUUCAGCAGCCUCACCAGUGUGGGCUUCGGCAACGUCUCACCCAAUACCAACUCUGAGAAGAUCUUCUCCAUCUGUGUCAUGCUGAUUGGCUCUCUGAUGUACGCCAGCAUCUUUGGCAAUGUGUCUGCCAUCAUCCAGCGCCUGUACUCCGGCACAGCCCGCUACCACACCCAGAUGCUUAGGGUGAAGGAAUUCAUCCGCUUCCACCAGAUUCCCAACCCACUCCGCCAACGCCUCGAAGAGUAUUUCCAGCAUGCCUGGUCCUACACAAAUGGAAUUGACAUGAAUGCGGUGCUGAAAGGCUUCCCCGACUGCCUGCAAGCUGAUAUCUGCCUCCACCUGAACCGCACCCUCCUCCAGAACUGCAAGGCCUUCCGAGGGGCCAGCAAGGGCUGCCUGCGGGCCUUGGCCAUGAAGUUCAAGACCACCCACGCCCCCCCUGGCGACACCCUGGUGCACUACGGAGACGUCCUCACCACGCUCUACUUCAUCUCACGGGGCUCCAUCGAGAUCCUCAGAGAGGACAUUGUCGUGGCCAUCCUAGGGAAAAAUGACAUUUUUGGGGAGCCCAUCAGCCUCUAUGCCAGGCCUGGGAAAUCCAACGCAGACGUGCGAGCCCUCACCUAUUGCGAUCUGCAUAAAAUCCAGCGGGAGGACCUCCUGGAAGUCCUGGAUAUGUACCCGGCCUUCUCAGACAACUUCUGGAGCAAUCUGGAGAUCACUUUCAACCUGAGAGAUGCAGACAGUGUUCCUCGGUCACCACUCAGUGAGGAGUACACUUGCAACUAUCGCCGAGCACGCCGUCGCAAGCGAUCCCUUUGCAAGGGGAACAAAAUUGAUCCAGAUGGCUUGGAGGCAGGCAUCUCAGACCUGGAGCAGUACCACGCCUACUCGGAGCUCCUGCAGCUGCAGGAUCCCCGCAGCAAGAGCCACUGGGAUGACAUGUGCAGCAUGACCACGCCCUGCUCCCAGACAAGCGAGGAGGAAACCAGGACGCUCUGCCCUCCGAAGGUCGACUCCUUUGGCACCAUUGAAAAAGCCGACUGUGCCUCAGCUGUGGUCAACCUGGUGCCCAGUGGCGCAGAGGAGAGCCAGCUGGUGGCUGAUGACAGCCAAUCUUAUGCAGCGACACCAGUGGAUGUUUCCAACCUGUUCACUUUCUGGGAAGACAAGAAGCCUCACAUCUUCCCGGAACCUCUCCAGCACAUGUCCCUGAUCCACAGCCCGCUAGAUGCGUGCUCAAACCCCGACGAUCGGCCUCAGCAGAUCGAAUCCAAACUGGAGCGCUUGCAGGCACAGCUCAGCAGGGUGGAGUCCAGGAUGGCUUCUGACAUAAGUCUGAUCCUGCAACUGCUUCAGCGACAGCUGUCCCAAGUGCCCCCAGCAUACAGCCCCAUCUCGCCUUCCUCCCGCAAUUUGUCUCUGUAUAGCAUCAGCCUGAGGAACAUGGAACCCGCCCCACCUCUGGAAGAAGAGGAGUUGGCAGCCGUUGAGCAGGUUCCAAGCUACACAGAUACUGAAAAAGCCGAACUAAAAUCCCGGGACUCUUUGUCAAGUGGUGUACACCUGACGUUGGCUUCAGAUGAAACUAUGACAGUCAACUCCGAGCAAGAGCAUUAUUCACAAACCCUGCCAAACCUGGACCCCGACCGGAGGGCGGAGGGCAGCCGGGGACUAUUGCAAGGAUUCCGUUUCCCUUCACUCCCUGAGCAUCUCGAGGCCCCUUCCGAGCACUUGGACAUGCAGCGAUACCUCUCCGACCCAUCGCUUCCGGGAAGUUAGGAAUCUGGCAGAGUUUAAAACCAGGUCAAGAGGAACCAGGCCACAGGACUUGAUUAGCUGUUUUUCAUAGUUGGACUUGAAGGACAAUACUGACGGCUCAGGGGUCUUAUCUAUCUUCUGCUUCCUUGGAGCAGAAGACAGUUUAGAAACGAAUUGUCUUCCAAGAUUGUUGGUCUUAGAAAUGGUACUCCGUAGUGCAGACUUCAGGUCACAUUCUUGUCCCAACUAUCCCAGCUUGCAAGAAUGGCACAAAUACUAGCCUCUUGCUCACGUGCACAUGCGCUCACACGCAGAGAUCUAGUAUUCUCCAAAUGUACACUGUCUAGCAUCAGGGAGUCUGCAUCUAUUUUUAUAAUUUCCUACUUGAGAUGGACAUGGGACUACUUCCCUAAUAUGGUAAACAAAUAACAGCAAAAUUUCCUCUGAAGGAGCCGCAGACUGCUAAGAACUUUAUUCGACCAAAGGAAAUUGGGUUUAAGUUAUCUGAUACUUACUCAGGUUUUACAGUUAGUAGAGAUUAAUGUUCCUUUGAAACCAGAAGGGAGUAGAAAGAAGAACGGUGUCCUCACAGAUUUAUUCAGCUUUGAUGUAAAGCAUUACAUCUCUGUAGAAGCCAAUUGCCUAGGAUAAGCAUUCCUUCCGGAUGAGUCUCUCACCAGGUAUCACUCAAGUUUUCCAUGUAAAAUAGAGGUGAGCUGUAACUUUUUACAGGUGAACUGUAACUUUUUGUUCGUAUGAGCAAAGCAGGUAUAAAUACAAUCCCCAAAAAUCCUGGAAAAAGAAGCAAACAACACAAGGACCCUUUUUUCCCUUCUUCAUGUAUUUUCUCUCCUGUAACGGUUCCACUCACCAGAAAGCAGUGCAUAAAACAACUGUAGCUAAAUUUUCAAAUUGUCCCUAUAUCACCUCUCAGUUGUAUGCUGCAAUCACAUCUCUAAAGUAACAAAGUUCCCCCUUCAUGAAAGUAGCAGGGAGGGAGCUUUUUUCUGUUACAUUUUAGUGCACACUUUGCUAA